AUGUCGGGGAGGUGGACAUGGUCGGUGGCGAUGGGAGGGAUACUGAUAGGGCUGGACGCGAUGGUCUGGCUUGUCAGUGGUCUGACUUGCUCAUGGACGAGAAUGAGCAGCAAGUUCUCGACGAUUGUAGCGAUCGCCGACCCCCAACUUACCGACAAGACAUCCUACUCCUUCGCUUCCCUGCCUCUAGUCUUGCCCAUGCUGGAGUUCAUCUGCGAUGCAUACAUCGCAAGAGUUGGGUUCAUGGUCAGGCGCCUGUCGCCACAAACCAUUCUGUUCUUGGGCGAUUUGGUGGAUGGGGGGUAUAGAUCCAAUGAGGAAGACUUCGAGUCCGGGCUGAAGAGGCUGGAGAGGAUCUUGUAUCCUCCCAAGGGAUCGUCAGUCCUGCAUGCGGUGGGGAAUCAUGACAUCGGUUCUCGUUGUACUCCAUGUUGUGAAGCGGCUGAUUUCUUCAAGGCAUCGGCCACAGCUUCUGCGCAGCGUGUGCCGAGAGAUUCGAGCGACGAAUAUCAAGAUUUCCGCUCAACUCAGCCUUCCUCUUCGACAACUUCACGGUUGUGCUUCUUCGCUGCCCCGAGCGACUUUAAAGGCGAGGGACCGCAGGUUGUAACCAUCGACGCGCCAUCGCUGGGGGGCUAUGUGGACCCGUUCAUCUACAGGACUCUGAUGGAUCGCCGAGACAAGACCAGCAAGUUUGUCGCGAGCUUGAGAUACAAGGACAGCGAGGCUCGCAAUGCUCAACAAGGAUAUGUUGAAUGUGAGGAGGAGGGGGAGGCGAGACAAGCGGAGAGCGCUGUCGGGGGUCGUCUGCAGGGGAAGGCUUGUCGAGCAGGGAAGAGGACGGACAUUCAUCGGCUCUGCAGCCCUCGUAUAUUGAUGACACACAUUCCCCUAUGGAGGGCGACGAGCUCUGACUGUGGGAGGAUGAGAAAUCCCCGCAAGCCUUUCAUGAACUUCCUGAUAAGAUCAACGUACCAGACCAUGCUGCAUCCGCAAGUUACUAGCAUGAUCCUCGACAGCGUGCGACCGUCCCUGGUCCUGAGCGGCGAUGAUCAUGAUCACUGUACGGUCGCUCAUGUGCGGGAGGCCUCUGAUGUCCCUCCGACAUGCUCGGCCUCUGAGCUUCGAAGCCUCGCCGCUACUUUCUUGGAGUCUGAGAGGAAGGAGGGGAUCUUGGCACAAGCCCAUCAGAUCCUGUCUCAAAUCCCCCACAAGUUCCCUCAAGUCCUCUACUUGGAGGUCAUGCAGCGAGUCUUGGAGCUUGGCGGAGAUUUCGUCCGCCAGGAGCUGAGGCGAGUCGAAGCUUCCCUGGCAGCUGAGGAGGAGGGCGAGCACAGUGAGAUGCUUGAGGCGAUGAGAAACGCUCUCCUCGCCUUCUUGGUCAGGAGUAGCGAUGAACCCACUUGCUCUGCUCGACCCCACAAGUCUGCAUCGCCUUCAACUGGCACGCCUGAGCAUACGCUGGGUACCGUGUCCUUGCUCCAGGGGAACUACUUUCCUUCCUUCGCGCUCAUCCGCGUCGACCAGGAAGAGGCAGCUCGGCAUGUGGAAACCUGCUUGCGGUCUAACGGGGGCGAGCACAGCGAGGACGGGGGAGGAGAAGCUGGUUCUGUCUUCGAGUACAGGUCUGUUCGUCCUCUCCCAUUCGGCUCUCGUUCUGAGCUCUUGCUCAGCGUCUGCUGGCUGCCUCCACAGCUUCUUCUCUAUGUCCUGUAUGGCAUGCUUGCCGCGUGCUGGUCGGCCGCGAUCCUGAGAGAGGAGAUGGUGAAGGGGAGCGAGGAGACGGGGAAGGAAAAGAGCCUUCGCUUGUUCGCUGUGAUACUUCAGUGGUGCAAGCGAAGCGCGGCGUCCGUGCUGUUUCUUCUCUUCACGUUCCUUACGUGGAAUUUCAUUUCCUUCUCCUUCGCCGUCGCUUUCUGAAUGUCGGAGGAGGACGCAGCUUCUGCCUUCGACUUACUUCCUGCUUGUCUGUAAUGGCAGCCCUUAACGGGAUCAGCACGUGACUUGCCCAGUCAUGCCGCGGAUUCUUGACUUUCCGUUCACUUUCUUUGACCUCGCUCUUCUC